AGCACCGCACGUGCAGGUCUCCAAUUGAUUGGCUGUGACGUCGGGAAGGUCGGAAAGUCGGGGGUCUCACUGACGCUGACCUUAAUUCUAAUCAGGCCCCAGCUCCAACUCCAACGGAGAGAAUAUCGACAUCAGCUCAUCGCUGACACUUGGCGAUCGCAUCCCCAUCACCACAAUUCAUUACAUCGUCAAACAAUGGCGCACGUCACAGGCCUCGGUGCCUUCUUCAUCAUCGUGCUCUUCCUCAUCGUAUUUGGGGUUGCCGGUUGGAUCAUAUACACCCAUCUGCGGGCAAGACGGCUCGGUCUCCCACAACCUACCCUCUCCUCCUACAAUCCCUUCCAGCGCUCAUCUGAACGAUACGGCGCACCGAGUCCGGCGAGCGGAGGAAUCGUUGGAUGGGUCAAUGAUAAGGUUCGCGCGUUCAAGAACCGCAACAAUCGUUCAGCCGGCGGCGCAUACGAAGAACCGCUCAGCAGCAAUGUACGGGGACGAGCGAGCAACCGUGGUUUCGGCCCUCUGGACCCAGAUGAUGCAUGGGAUGCGAGAGUAGGAACGGAGGCAGAUGCAUAUGGACCGGGAGGAUACUACGAGGAGCAAGAACUCGGCCUACAUCAUGACCGCCUUGCACCAACACCAGGUCAGGCUCCCCCAGGGUAUGGAGAGGGCAGCAGAGGACGAAGCUUGAGCAGAGAGCCAGAACCCUACAUCGGCGGAAGUCAGGCAGGAUUGGAUCGAAGAUAUGACGAGGAAAUGGGAAGGAAGCCAGCACAAAACCCAUUCGAUGAUUCUGCGGCGGAACCAAGCAAUGUCAGCUUGAGGGGAGUCAGUCCAAGACCGAUCGACACGACCGUGAAGGGACACAAGUCGCAGGACAGUCAGGAGAGUCCAUCCGAGAGACGGUCGAUGUUCAGAGAGAAUAUGUAAGGUCUAUAACAUAGGAUCUGGGAUCUGGCGAAUGGGGUUUGGUAAUGGGUUUUCUUUCAGCGUUUACUCAUGAUCUGAAAAGCUUUGAGGAUUCAAUGGGAUGGGAUCAGAACGUAGUUUUCAAGCAUUGAAGAACAAUGGAUCUAUUCCCUUCCGUACAAGACUCUUCUCC